CUAUAAGAUAGACCUCCAUUCCUCCCCCUCUCUCCAAAGAGUCCACUCGAAUCUCCAUUCCCAAGGAAGGAAGAAAAUCCAGCGAAACCAGAGAGAAGAAGGAUGGCGGUGUCAAUCGAGCUGACGAAGGAGUACGGGUUCGUGGUGCUAGUAGUGGUGGCCUAUGCGUUCCUCAACUUCUGGAUGGCCUUCCAGGUCGGCAAGGCCCGCAGGAAGUACAAGGUGGCCUACCCAACCCUUUAUGCCGUCGAGUCCGAGAACAAGGAUGCCAAGCUCUUCAACUGCGUCCAGAGGGGGCACCAGAACUCGCUUGAGAUGAUGCCGAUGUUCUUCGUCAUGGUGCUGCUCGGCGGUCUGCAGCACCCGGUCGUCGCCGCCGGGCUGGGGGCACUCUACACCGUCGCGAGGUUCUUCUACUUCAAGGGCUACGCCACCGGCGUCCCGGACAACCGCCUCAAGCUUGGGGGGUUCAACUUCUUGGCGAUAAUCGGGCUGAUCCUCUGCACGGCGUCGUUCGGCAUCAACCUAGUCAUCAGGGAGGCUAUCUGAGGUUUCCGAUUGAUGAUGCCUGGCUUGACAGUGGUCUCUCUUAUCUUCUGGUGUUAACAAGCAAAGUAUCAAGUGUCAAAUACGUCUGGUGGACGCUCAUGGAAUAAGCCUGGAUGGAUAUAUCUCAAAGGAUUACAGUCCCACCUACUCUUGUUUAGUUCCUGCUUUCUCUUUGUAAUGUUGGAAGUUUAGCUUUUGCAGAAUCAGUUUCAGAUGCGUCGUAAAUCAACUUGUUAAUUUCCUUGCCUAACAUCUCCGGACCAUGCUUAUUUUCCUUGUUAUCUCCGAAGAAUUAAACGUUGUGCAUUUGUAUCUUGUACAA